GAAUAAAGCAUAUUCUCACUCAGUUGGUGCUCUUGUGUCGGCGUGAGAUAGACGUAGCUGUAGCUCUUCGAAACUUUAACUUUUAAUUAAAAAGUCGCUGCGGUCAGAGCUAAUUGCGAGAUCUAAGAUAUCCUGUGAUCUUUAGGAAAUCUGCCGUGAAGAUGGUGAAGGAGACUCACUGACUCAAGUUAUCUGGGAACGUGUAUGUAUGGUUUUUAACCAUACAUGAUGGAUGACAAUGCCUCUGAGCUGAUCAAGCUCUCUUCAAGUGAAUCCAUCUAUGGCACGCUUGCUAAUUUCGAGUUUGAGAAGAAGAUAGGAAAGGGCCAGUUCAGUGUAGUCCACCGAGCAAGAUGCAAGAUCGACCAGGCUGUGGUAGCUUUGAAAAAAGUCCAGAUCUUCGAGAUGAUGGAUUCAAAAGCAAGAUUAGAUUGCAUGAAAGAAAUUAAUCUAUUACAGAAACUGAAUCAUCCCAACAUCAUCCACUAUCUUGCAUCCUUCAUUGAAGACAAUGAACUCAACAUCGUGUUUGAGUUGGCUGAUGCUGGAGAUCUAUCUCGCAUGAUUCGGCACUUCCGUAAGCAGCAGCGUUUGAUACCAGAGAGGACAAUAUGGAAAUACUUUGUGCAAUUGUGUUCUGCCCUUGAUCACAUGCACUCAAAGAGGAUAAUGCAUAGGGAUAUCAAGCCAGCUAACGUCUUCAUCACAGCACAAGGCAUAGUGAAGUUGGGAGAUCUAGGGCUUGGCAGAUUCUUUAGCUCAAAGACCACGGCAGCACACUCUCUCGUUGGCACUCCAUACUACAUGAGCCCAGAGAGAAUUCAUGAGCAUGGCUACAACUUUAAGAGUGAUAUUUGGUCUCUUGGAUGUCUGCUGUAUGAGAUGGCAGCCUUGCAGAGUCCAUUUUAUGGAGAUAAAAUGAACCUCUACUCACUUUGUAAGAAAAUUGAGUCCUGUGAUUAUCCACCACUCCCAGCUGAUCAUUAUUCAUCAGAGCUUAGAACAUUGGUAGACAACUGCAUAAACCCAGAACCGGAUAAACGUCCAGACAUCACUUACGUGUACUCCGUGGCACGAGAGAUGCAUGCCCAAACUCAGUCUCCAAGUUCUUGCAGCUCAGCAAUGUCAGCUGCACACAUUGCCAAUGCAGAAGAAAAGAAUGUGAAUGAGAGUAGACAUAGCUUAGAGAGAAUAAAGCUACAGGACUAGCAGCGCG